UACGCGCCAUCCGUAGAAGUAGAGGGAUGGUUUUCUCCCCCCUCUUAUUUUUUGGUGUGGCUAAUGGGCUAACUGCAAACUAACCGUGCUAAACGCCGGCAAGUUGGCCCGAUUGUGAAUGUCUCACAAAACGACAAUCGACAAGCUAUUUGCGGUUUGUUGUGGGGACAUACCAGCAUAUCGAUACGGUGCUACUUUGUUUCUCAUUUGAAAGUAAGCUAACGUUAUUGUCUGUAAGCUAGUUGAGGCUAACGUUAGCAGUAUAGGCUAGUAGCAUAGCAAGGCAAGCGCGCGUUCAGCAAAUGUUAUAAAUUGUAAAACCUGAAUUGCUAAAACGUUUUCCCACAUAUUUGGUUAUAUAGAAAAUAACUUCUAUAAAUAUGUCACCGUAUUAUUUGGUUGGGUGCGUCUGUGUUGUGUAGUUCACAAGCUGUGGGGUGCAUGUUAAGAAAUUAACCUGGUAGAGUUCAUCAGCUCGGCUCAGAAGUUUGGACUUUCAUCAAAUGACUGAACAGGAAGGGUGCUCUGGAGGGCUCCACAUCAUCAGUGAACACAUCCAUGCCUAGCCUGAUCAUGGAGAGGGGACGGCAAAAACUGCAAAAUAUCCUGGAGGAUGGAUUAAGCAGAGAUUUGCUGAAUGCCGGCCGGUUUUGCUUCAGCUGUGAGCAGAUAUUUUCAGAUCGAAAAUGCUUGGAGGAGCAUGUGUGUUCCGCCGCAAGUUACAUCUGCUCCUGUGGUACUGAGUUUACCCACUACAAAGACAUGCUGGAGCACAGCACGACGCAUGAACCAGGGCAUCAAGUGCUUGAUCACGAAACAAUAAGGAAGCGCAGAAUUGAGAAACGCAUAGCAGAGGAGGAGCAGCUGAAAAGAUUACAGACGGGUGAGGUUGUCUGGAAGACACCUAAAUCGAACAAAGUGCCAUCAAUUUCUUCGCCACUUAAGCCUAUGCUGCAAGUACCCAUUACAUCAGCUCAUAUGCCACAACCUCCCAUGCAGUCUGCACAUAUUUCAGAAGUGCCUGAGUUGUACCCCUCUAUGUCACAAACACCCUUCCCCCCAAACCCUGCCACCUCUGUAACACACAUGCAGGAUAUUUUUGCAGGUGUAGGUGCACCAACAGUGGAUCUUUGGACACUUUACCAGCCAGUGGUGUUGCUGCAAACAGUGCGCAAGUUUAACAAGAAAAAGCCAUACACUUGUGGUAAAUGCGGGCAGUGCUUUUUGACAAAAACCUCCCUAAUCUCCCACCACAGCUCCCAUGUCACAGAUAAAGUUUCAGGUUGUGUAGGAUGUGGGCUGCUGCUCUCCAGCAAGAAGGUAGUGCCUCGCUUCCAUGUUUGUAAUUCACCCAACACUGCUACCAAAUUCAGACUCAUUACUGCGAGGCCGCUAGGUUUCAAGGGAAUAAAUGAAGCUAGUAUAGACAAGAGUCAGAAUCUGAGCACUCAGGGGUGUCAGGCCACCUCAUCUCCAGAGUUAAAAAGGCAGAAUCCCAUAGUAGCCAGCAAAGGUAUUGGGACACCUUACAUCACUUCCACCCUGCAGCUGAAAAAUCUGAAUAUCAGAACAUACAACAGAAGCAAUCAGAGGCUUCAUUUCACUCCAUCCCUGCAGUCAAAGAGUCGGAAUCCCAGUGCAUUCACCAAAAGCAAGGUUCUUCCUGUCACUCCUUCCAUGAAACCGAAAACACCCACAAACUCUGCAUCAAGGGUACAGAGCAAACCUGCACAGAUAUCCUCUGCACCAAAUGGGUUCAUGUGUCGAGUCUGUCAUAUUCCUUUUGAAACUGCUCAGCUGCUGCAGAGGCACAAGUGUAUCAAAGCACAGGAGUUUAUGGCGCAGCAUGUGCGAGGUGGCAGACAACAUUACAAACUAAAGAGGGUGACACCAGUGGCAGGCUCAGUUCAUGCUCAAAUGAACGGUGAGAGAAAACUUGGGGUCCCAGCUGCUGUUAACAUGAAGAAAACCCAAGUCAUGGCUGUCAGUCUGGACAAAGGGCAAGGUGCGGUUCCUGUGAAUGGGAAAACAGCAGUGGAUAUAGACGAUGAUUGUUACAUUGUUGAGAGCGGACCAGACAAACCUGCUGAGAUGAUUUACCAAGUAACCUCAUCUGUUCCUAUUAUAACUUGACAAAACUAAAGCCACGUCCAAUUUGCAUGUGACAUUUUUUUGUUAAUUAUGGACCAAGUGCAUAAAAAAUGCAGCCUCCUGGUGAAUCAGCAUCCAUUGGUUUGAAUUCAUCAUACAGAAACACAAUGCUCCGUACUACUUUAAAAGAAAUAUAAGUGUAGGAUGUGUAGUGACAAUAAACAUGCAUCUUAAUUAAGCUGCAUUUCUCUCGUCUGUACAGUAAACAGUCUCAUAUUGACUAUAGACACAAGAGUCUAAAGUUGGUUCCCCUGCUAUGGUUAUAGAAGAUGUAAAUCAAUAACGUUCGUUAUUUAAAUGUAUGUGCAUGGUUUGCCCAUGUUUGAUGGGAUAACCAGGUACUGCAUUUACGUUUUUGUUUUGUUUGUUUUUUUUUCAUGUUUUAGUAUGAUGAGAAUGUGUUGUGAGGCUGUGGGAAAUGACCACAAUACCUUGUGUGUUCUUACCAGUUUUGGCAGACGUCAUGAAUACAAUAUAUGUUGUAUUAAACUAUAUUUUCAAACUCA